AUGAAAGACACAUCUGCCGGCGCAGCUGUGUACUCGCCACUCCUCCUCGGGUCCAUCUACGACUCCGUCGUUCAUGGUCUUUAUUUGCCCUAUGCUUGGCGAUGUUCAGCAUCAAAAAUGCUCUCUUUCUUCGGCGGUAAUAUUUCAUAUGCAACAACAAGCUCAUCGGAAUCCCGGCAGGGACGGGCACCUCGCAUUCUCGAUAUUGGUGUUGGGACAGGCUACUUUCUAGAGCAUGCUCCCAUUGUCGAUGACACAGAAGUUGUUCUCGCCGACCUUAACCCAGCUUGUCUUGAAGCAUCGAAGGCCCGCCUGGCCAAAACCCAUCCAAUCACUACCUGUGAGACCAUCAUUGCCGAUUUCCUCAACCCCGGCGGGGAGGGCCUUGUCGCCAAACUACGUGAAGGUGACAAAUUCGAUGCUAUAUCCAUGAUACUGCUGCUCCAUUGCCUACCGGGUCCUCCAGCACGAAAAGCAGAGGCAUUAGUAUCAUUGCGACAACUCCUACGGCCUUCUGGUGUUAUGUUCGGCGCAACGGUUCUCGGGCGCGGAGUGAGGCAUAAUCUUUUUGGAAAAUUCCUGAUGUUUUGGCAUAAUUUGCUGGGGGUUUUUGGGAACUAUGAUGAUGAAUUGGAAAGCUUUAUUGGUCCGUUGAAGGAUGGGUUUGAGUUUGUUGAGUGGGAGAUUGUUGGUGCUAUGCUCCUAUUUGAAGCGAAAGGCCCAAAGGCUUAG